AUGAAGAUGCUUACAAAGUUCGAGUCAAAGUCGACCAGAGCCAAGGGGAUUGCAUUUCAUCCCUCUAGGCCAUGGGUUCUGGUGGCUUUGUUCUCUUCUACCAUACAAUUGUGGGAUUACAGAAUGGGUACUUUGCUACACAGAUUUGAAGAUCACGAAGGUCCAGUCAGAGGUAUCGAUUUCCAUCCUACUCAGCCGAUAUUUGUGUCAGCUGGUGACGAUUACUCCAUCAAGGUAUGGUCCUUAGAAACUAACAAAUGUCUAUACACUCUAAAUGGCCAUUUGGACUAUGUCAGAACUGUUUUCUUCCAUCGUGAGUUGCCUUGGAUUAUCUCUGCAUCUGAUGAUCAAACUAUUAGAAUCUGGAAUUGGCAAAACCGUAAGGAAUUGGCUUGUCUAACUGGCCACAACCAUUUUGUCAUGUGCGCUCAAUUCCACCCUACAGAGGAUCUUGUGGUUUCCGCAUCGCUUGAUGAGACUAUCAGAGUUUGGGAUAUUGCAGGCUUAAGAAAGAGACACUCCGCACCAGGUGCAUCGAGUUUCGAAGAUCAAAUGGCUUCGCAGCAGAAUUUACUAGAUGCUGGUUUUGGUGAUUGUGUCGUUAAAUUUAUCUUGGAAGGUCACACUAGGGGUGUGAAUUGGGCUUCUUUCCAUCCUACUUUACCACUGAUUGUUUCUGGUGGUGACGAUCGUCAAGUUAAGUUAUGGAGAAUGAGUUCUACUAAGGCAUGGGAAGUUGAUACUUGUAGAGGCCACACAAACAAUGUCGACAGCGUCAUUUUCCAUCCUCAUCAAAACCUGAUUAUCUCUGUCGGUGAGGAUAAGACUUUACGAGUAUGGGAUCUUGAUAAGAGAACACCGGUUAAACAGUUCAAAAGAGAAAAUGAUAGAUUUUGGCUCAUUGCUGCUCACCCUCAUAUCAAUCUUUUCGGUGCAGCUCAUGACUCCGGUAUCAUGGUUUUUAAAUUGGAUCGUGAAAGACCUUGCAGUGUUACCCAUCAGAACGAAUUGAUUUUUGUCAACAAGGAGAAACAAGUGCAAGCUUUUGACUACAAUAACAAGGUCUCAUCCUUGCCUUUUGUGUCAUUGAAACACCUUGGUCAAGCCUGGAACUCUUUCAAGAGUAUUUCAUACAACCCUUCACAACACUCCAUAUUGGUCAAUGAGGGAAAUGAUAGGUUUGCACUAGUUCUCUUACCAAAGAAGCCAACCGGUGCUGUCGAGCCAAGCGGAGUUCUCGAAGAUGCAGGUAGUUUCGCUUUAUUCGUCGCUCGUAACAGAUUCGUCGUCUACAGCAAAUCUACUGAGUCUUUGGAAGUCCGUACCCUUGAUAAUAAGGUCACCAAAACGGUUAAGAUUGAAGGUCCGGUUAAUGAUGUUGUAAACAGUGGACCUGGUUGCGUACUGCUCUUGCAACCAAAGAGAGUUGUGUUGCUUGAUGUCCAGCAAGGUAAAAAACUUGCAGAGAUUGCUUUAAAGAACGUCAAGUACGUCUCGUGGUCACUAGACGGGCAAUACGCUGCUUUAAUGAGCAAACACACAAUUACCACGGUUACAAAGAGGCUCGAAUUGAUUAAUUCUAUGCACGAUACUAUAAGGAUCAAAAGUGCUUGUUGGGAUGAGACUGGUGUCUUAAUAUAUUCCACAUUAAACCAUAUCAGAUACAGUUUAUUGAAUGGUGAAAGAGGUAUCAUCAAGACACUCGAAAACACUUUGUACAUCAACAAAGUUCAAGGCAAACUUAUUUACGCGCUAGAUCGUUACGGUGAAGUUAAAAUUUUGACUAUCGAUCCAACGGAAUACCGUUUCAAGAAAGCUCUAGCAAAUAAGAAUUUCCCAGAGGUUUUGCGUAUUAUCAAAAACUCCAAUUUGGUUGGUCAAAACAUCAUUUCUUAUUUGCAAAAGUCUGGAUUCCCUGAGAUUGCUUUGCAGUUUGUACAGGAUCCUCAAACAAGAUUUGAUCUGGCAUUAGAGUAUGGUAAUCUCGAUGUUGCCCUUGAAGAGGCCAAGAAGCUGAACAACAAUGCUGUUUGGGACAAGUUGAGUAAAGAGGCUUUGAUGCAAGGUGAUACUUCAUUGGUAGAAAUGAUCUACCAGACUCAAAAAUCCUUUGACAAGUUAUCAUUCCUAUACUUGAUUACGGGUGAUCAUGUGAAGCUGUCAAAGAUGCAGGCUAUUGCUGAAAAUCGUGGAGACUAUGCAAGUUUGGUCGCUAACACAUUCUUUAGCGACUCUGCAUCUCUAAGAGCUAAUGUUUUUUCUCAGCUUGGUUCUUUGCCAUUGGCUUAUGCUAUCUCGAAAGCUAGAGGCGACAAAGCCGCUGCCGCCAGUUUCUUGGAGCAGGCCGAAAUUAGCGAAGAAGAUGUUGUUUUGCCCGACAACAGCAGCACUCAAGGAUUUGCUAAGGUUCCUGUUUUGAACGAACCUAUCAAGAAAUGGCCGCUAAAAAAAGCAGAGCCAUCCUACUUCGAGAAAGCUUUGGCUAACCGUAUGGAUGAGCUGUCUGUAGAGGAACCCGAAGAGUUGGAACCUACCGAGGAGGAAUCUAAAUCAGCAACUGAAGGGGACCUGUUUGACGACGAGGCUCUUGGAGGUGAAGACGGCGCCUGGGAUCUAGGAGAAGAAGAACUUGACAUAGGAGAGGAAGAACACGGUAAGGAAGAAGAAUCAACCGAAGAAGGAGCACAAGUUGACGGAAACAUGGUUAGCACAUGGAUCAAAAACUCUAAGCUGCCCGGUGUACUAGUGGCCGCAGGUGCAUUUGAUGCAGCUGCUCAAGCACUAAAUAAGCAGGCAGGCAUUGUCAACUUCGAGCCUUUAAGAUCGAAUUUCGUCGACAUCUUUGAAGGAUGUAGAACAUACUUGGCCUCUACACCUUCUGAGCUACCUGCCAUCGUUGGUUACAUUUGCGAAGACGCAGAGGAAGAGGACCCAAGUGCCAUCUUUCCUCAUACUCCCGAUGUUAAUGCAGUUACUGAGUUGAUGAAUGAAGGUUUCAGAUUUUUCAAGGCAAACAAGCUAGAAUUAGCUAUCGAUUCUUUCCGUAAAGCCAUCUACACGAUAACGCUUCUGGUGGUACGCAAUGACGAAGAUGAACAAACAGCCAGAAAGGCACUGGAGAAGGCAAAAGAAUACAUAUUGGGACUUUCAAUCGAGUUGAAGCGCCGUUCGCUUCCAACAGAGGACGUAAAACGCAACCUAGAGUUAGCAGCAUAUUUUACCAAGGCUAAGCUGUCACCUAUUCACAGAAGCAAUGCUCUUCAAGUAGCAAUGUCACAGAGUUUCAAGCAUAAAAACUACGUCCAGGCGUCAUUCUUUGCUGCUGAACUUCUGAAGAUAGUGCCUUCCGGACCUCGUGCUGAACAGGCCCGUAAAGUGAAGGACAAGGCUGAUUCGUUAGCAUAUGAUGCCAUUGAGAUCGACUUUGACCCUUACGCUGACUUCGAUCUAUGUGCUUCAACAUACACGCCAAUUUACAAAGGAACCGCCAACGUGCUUGACCCAUUGACUGGUGCAAGAUACCAUGCGUCGGAAAAGGGUAAGAUUGACACAAUCGCGUUGAUCUCGAAGAUUGGUGCACCAGCCUCUGGUCUAAGGAUUCGAUAG